AUGGACGCGACGCAACUCACUGAGCUGAUGGGCAGUCAUGACUUCAUGCAGCUGCAGCAGCAGUUGCAGCACAACAACAACAACUACAACACCGAUGGCCACAAUGGACUAUCGCCGGAAUCGGUGGAGCGCAGCUCACGGCCCGUGCGACGUGCGACGCGACGCACCUCACAGCUAAGCAAUAACACCUACGACCUGGAGAUGACCGACUCCAGUUCGCAGAGCGACGACACCAGCGGCGGCGGCGGCAGCAGCAACGGCGGCGGCAGCAGCACCAACAACAACAGCAACCAGCUGGGCUGCGCCCAGGGCGGGCAGCGGCCGUCGAGCCGCGGGCGGCAGCAAAAUGCCGCCGCCGGCGCCAGCCUAACGCCCAACAGCGGCGCCAACAACAACAACAACAAUCGACGGCGAAAGGGGGCGCUGAAUGCGAAGGAGCGAAAUCUACGCCGUUUGGAGUCGAACGAGCGGGAGCGCAUGCGCAUGCACAGCCUGAACGAUGCGUUUCAGUCGCUGCGCGAGGUCAUUCCCCAUGUGGAGAUGGAGCGACGCCUGUCCAAGAUUGAGACUCUCACGCUGGCCAAGAAUUACAUUAUCAAUCUGACGCACAUUAUACUCUCCAAGCGCAACGAGGAGGCCGCCGCCAUGGAGCUAAAUGCGGGCGCCGUUGGCGGUGUCCUGCUCACGGGCCUGACGGCCGAGCCAAAUGGCAAUAAUGGCGGUGGUGCGGCCAAUGGCGCCACCAAUGGACUGUGCUUCGAGGAUGCCCUGGCCAGCGGUGGUGCCUAUGACUGUGCGCUGCUCGCUGCCAGCGAUGGCAGCUUAUUGAGUGCGGCAACUGUUGCGGCCACGCCCACAAUGCAAACACUGCAACCGCCGCCGGCGAUGCACAUGCAUGCACAGCCGCAAGUGGAACAGCAGGCGCAACAGCAUCUGCCA